AUGAUGAAGCGUACCGUUGCCAAGUGUGGCGGGCUUCCCAAAGUAAUAACUGCUAUAGGUGAAUGCACCAACAGUGAUUUGUUGGAGGGUUUCAGUGACGAGUUCAUGCGCAUUUUGGAGACCAGCCAAGAAUUCAAUACCUUAAAGGGUCUAUUUUCUUGGAUGCAGUCCUACUUCGAUGAUUGCUCAGAUUCAGUCAAGCCAUGCAUCUUCUAUCUGGCGGUCUUCCCUGCAGAUUACAAUGUUAGGAAGAGGCGUUUGCUCAGACGGUGGAUUGCAGAAGGUUACUCCAGGGACACAUCUGCAGGUAUUACCGCAGAGGAGAAUGGGGAAAGGCUAUUCUCAGAGCUCAUGGAGUUGAGUGUAAUUCAGCAGCAGUCACCGAUUAUAAGCACCAAGCUCAUCAGCACAUGCCAAGUCAAUGGUUUCUUCCGCGAAUACAUCAUCUCACGGCCAAUGGAGGAUAACCUUGUGUUUGCACUUGAAGGGCAUUGCAGCCUCAACUCGCAUCGCACUGGACAACACCUCACCAUAGGCAACACCUGGGACAGAGAUGAGGCUGUGUUCAAGAGCAUGGACUUGUCACGGCUACGGUCUUUCACAGUGUUUGGGGAGUGGAAGUCAUUCCUUAUCUCUUCUUCCAGCAGCAAUAUGAGACUGCUUCGGGUGCUUGAUCUCGAGGACACCACGAAUCUAACAGAUGAUCACCUACACAAGAUCGGAAAGCUACCACCUCGCCUUAAGUUCCUCUCGCUACGAGGAUGCAUCCACAUCACAUACCUGCCCGAUUCAGUGGGUAAGCUCAGGCAGCUGCAGACACUGGACGUCACGGGCAUAUCCAUUGUCACAAUGGCAGAAAGCAUCAUCAACCUAAACAAGCUGCAGUAUACCCGUGCCGGCAUCACCGACGAUUCAACAGCAUCAACAGUACCGCCUGUUUCCUCUUGGUUGCCUAAUGUGUGCAGACAUCGUUGCCUAGUUGGUGUUGAGGUGCCUGGAGAGAUCGGGAAACUGACAGCAUUGCACACGCUUGGUGUCAUUAACGUCGCCGCUUCAGGGGCAAAGGUCUUCUUGCCAGAGCUCAAGAAGCUAACCCAAUUGUGCAAGCUCAGAGUGUCCGGCAUCAACAAGCAUAACAGCAAGCAGUUCUUCUAUGCAAUCUCAGAGCAUGGUCAUUUUGAAUCCCUGUCUAUGCGCCUCAACAAGGACAACAAUCAAGGUUGUUGCUUGGAUGGCAUUCCCCUGCCUUUGAAGAACCUGCGGAGCCUUAAACUGCACGGGCUUAAUAAUAAAUUGCCAGAAUGGGGAAGUGACCAACUUAGCAAGCUCGUAAAAUUGGAUUUAGAGAUGGCCACUUUAAUGGAAGGUGACAUAGAGUUCCUUGGCAAGCUACCACAACUAUGUAUUCUUCGCAUCAAGCAGCUUCAAGAUCCUCAGCUCCAUUUCCAUGUCCAUGUGAAUGGAGAAGAAAACGACUGUUAUGAAAAUGUCAAAGUCCUGGAGAUUGCUUGCAGCUCCAGCUCCAGCAGCUUUCAAGUGACUUUUGGAUGCAAAGCAAUGAAAAAACUUGAGAAGUUCAAGGUCGACUGCCCCAGUGUGUCUUCAUUUCAGUUUUCUGGCUUGGAGCAUCUUUCUGGACUCAGGGAAUUCUUGCGUAACUAAGGUUUCAGUGCCCAAACACUCAGCAAAGAAUGGUGGUUGCCAACUUGCCAAACACUCGAGCAACAGAAAUCACAAACCUUGUUGUGCAGCUCCACGAUCAUCCCGAGGGGGGUCGACGCUGUGUAAUGUUUAUGUACAAAUAGGGUUGGUUAUUCUUAUGCUUAGUUGGAUUUCCGCUCAACUUCAUCGUGGGCUGUGGCUGAUGUGCUGUUGUGGAUACAUUGAUACCGUGUUAAAUUUAUUGUCUCCUCGGUAGAUAGAAAGGAGCCAGUUUGCUCAGUGUCUCAAGUAUUGACAUAAAUCAAAUAGGUAAUUUGUCAACAUAUCUGAGUUUAGAAUGUCAAUAGGUGCCUGGUUGAGUAGAAGUACUGCAGUUGUUGUUGGUGAUCUCACCUCAAAUGUUUGGUUGGUUUUGUGCAUA